AUGAGAAAGAAGAGAGCAUUAAAUGAAUUCGAAUUUGUCGAGAAAAAGGACAAUGGCAAAGCCUAGGAAGAAUUGGGGAAAGGAGCAUUUGGAAGAGUACGUCUAGCCAUUGAUAAGUUGACUGACACGAAGGUAGCAAUCAAAACGGUAUUUAAUUGAGAAUUUAUUACGCCAGAUUCCCAAAAAAUUGCUUAAAGAAAAUGCAUAAGCUGAAAAUAUUAAGCGAGAGAUAAAGUUGCAUAGGAAAUUAGAUCAUCCACAUAUUGUUAAAUUGUAUCACUCCCUCGAAGAUGAUACCAAUGUUUAUCUCGUGUUAGAGUACGUUCCUAUGGGGAACUUAUUUGUUUAUUUAAGAAAGCGCAAAAAUUUGGAAGAGUAAGAAGCCUUCGUGUAUUUCCUGCAAACUGCAUUAGCUAUAGAUUAUUUGCAUAAGAAGGGUAUAAUACAUAGAGAUUUGAAACCGGAAAACAUUCUAUUAGAUGCAUAAGGUAAUAUUAAAAUAUGUGAUUUUGGAUGGUCUGCCGAGCUCUAACCAGAAAGGAGAACGUUUUGUGGAACACUGGAUUAUAUGUGUCCAGAAAUGCUAAACAGUUAGAGUCAUGAUCAUAGAGUAGAUAUUUGGGCUAUGGGGGUUCUGCUGUUUGAAAUGCUACAUGGUCAUGCUCCUUAUAAUAAAAACAGAGCUUCACAGGAAGUUGUGAUUUAAGCUAUCUUGAAUGCAGCAACUACAAAAAUACCUUUUAAUGAUAAAAUUUCAAAUGAUGCUAAAGAUUUAAUAUAAUCACUUUUAAAAGUUAAUCCUAAAGAUCGAUUAUCAAUGGAUGAGCUUUUUACUCAUCGAUGGGUUAAAACUAAUGCAAAGGCAUUAUCAAUUAAUAUACCUGAGUUUGUUUAUGAAAAAGGAGUAAAUGAAACUGUUUAAUCGAUUUAGGAUAUUUCUAUUGAUUUUAUAAAUCUUACACAACCAUCUAAUAAUUAUUAAUCUUAAAAAAUUCCAUAAACCUAAUAAUAAGUAUUAUAAAAAUAAGACAAUUCAAAUUUUUAUUCUCAAAAAUUACCAUCAUCUUCACCAUCAUUAAAUAAUUCAACAUAUUAAUAAUAAUAAUAAUAAUAAUAAUAAUAAUAAUAAUAAUAAUAAUCUACUACUCCAAAUAAAAAACCAUCAUUUGAUUAACUUUUUUAAUCAACUCAUAAUAAUAAUGUUUAAUUACCUUCAUAUGAAUAAACUUCAAAAUCUCCUACCAGAUUAACACCAGAAUAGCAAAGAUAAAAAAACGAUUUAUUAGGCAUUUCUUCUGUGGAGAAAUCUAAAUAAAUGGAAUAAUCCAAUAGAAUUAACUAUUAAAUGUAACAAAGUUAAGAUAUGUAAAAAUCUUAGCUCAGAGAUCAAUCACCCAAUUAAUCUAUGAUGAAUUCAAAUUAUUAGGGAGUCUCUCCAAAUAGAACAGAUGUUAGUCCCUCAAGUAGAAAACCCAUUUUUAAUGAUAAAAUGGCUUAGUCUCAAAUGAUAAUCAAUAAAUACACAUAACAGUCCAAUAAUUAAUCAGGAAUGUUUAAAAGCCAAGACAUCGCUAAUCAGCAACCCUAAUAAUCCGACGAGUUUACCAAAUAUAUGUAAUAAGAAUAAGAAAGAAAACGAAAGGAAGAAGAGUUUAGAAGACAAUAAUUAGCUGAUUUAUAAAAAAGGGAAGAACAAAGAUUAUUAGAUGAAUAACGACAAAGAGAAGAAAGAUAAAAGCAAGAAGAAUUAGAAAGAUAAAGGAAACAAAGAGAGUAAGAAUUAGAAAACUAAAGAAAGAUUAAAGAAUUUGAAGAAGAAUAAAAACGUUAAAGAGAAUAAGAAAAGUUAAGAAAAUAAAGAGAAUAAGAAGAAAUGUUAUAGAGGUAAAGAGAGUAAGAGUUAGAAAAAUAGAGAAGAGACUAAAAUUUAGAAUAGAUUAGAAGAGAAAAGGAAGAACAAGAUAAGUUAAAAAGGGAAUAAUUGAGAAGAGAAUAGGAAGACAAAGAUCGUAAAAUUAGAGAAUAGGAGGAACAAAGAAGAAGGGAAGAACAAGCAAAGAGAGAGUAAGAAGAAAGAUAAAGAAGAGAAUAAGAAAAAUGGGAGUAGGAAUAGAGAGAGAGGUUGAGAAAAGAGAAGGAAGAAUAAGAGAAGAGAAGACAAUAUGAAGAAUAAUAAUAAGAAAGGUUAAAAUAAUAGGAGAGAUAAAAGUAAUAAUAUGAGGAACAGCUUCGAUUAUAGAAAUAAUAGGAAUAGGACAGAAAGUUACGUGAAUAUGAGGAGUCGAAAAAACAAUUAAAUAGGUCUAAUUCUAAAAAUGUUAGAAGCCAAGAAACUGAGGAAGAUAGAUAAGCCAAAAAGUUAAAAGAGCUUGAAUAAAAAGCAAGGCAGGAGUACCAAUAACAUUUGGUAAAUCAAAGCACUAGUAGUUAUGCAAGUAAAUAAAUGACAGAAAGCAAACAACAAAGAAGAUAAAUAUCUGAGGAUGAUCUUUUUGUUACUAAUAAUAAUAAUUCAUACAUCCCGUAAAAAUAGAAGAAAGAUAUGACUGAAGAAGAUUAUGAUUUAGAAUAAAAGCUACAUAAUAUGUUGGUUCAAAAUCUUUAAUUGGAACUACCUCCAGUUACAAAGACGAUGAAACCUGAUGAAAAUAGCAAUCUAGAUUGGGAUGUUAGUGUGAUUGAAUAAUAGCAGAAACAAGCUCCAUUAAUUGAAUAAUAUGAAAAUAUGCAAUAAGUUUAAGUUUAGACUUAACAACAUAAUAAAUCAGUAUCACCGAACUGUCGAUAAACAAGAUUCACUCCAAGAGUUACUAAAAUGGAGGAUAGGCCCACUCAUAUUAAUAACAUGUUGGAUGAUUAAUUGGAUGAAUGGGAUCUAAGUGAGGAUCCUUAAGUAAAAUUGCUCAAUCAAUUGCUGGAGCAACCAGACAGACCUAAAAAAGAUAAGCCAAAGCAUAAUACUAAUUCAAGUGUUAAUAAUGGAUAUUCAUCUUCAUCUUAAUAAUAAAUAUCUAUGUCUACCCAACCCACAAAUAAAUUUAGCUUUGGAGAAAAUAAAGCAAAAUAAAAUUUAAAACCAGAAACAGUUGAAAAUGUAGAGGAAAGCUUUAGACAAGAUAGAUCAAUGAGAAUGAACACUUCAAGAGACAGAAGUAGAAAUAAGAUACCUGCUAAAUCUAACCCAAAAUAUAAGCAAUUCUAAUAACAAUAGGAACCAGUUGAGGAGUAGUAUGAUGAAGAUUAAUUAGAAGAUUUGAAAAGAUCCAAAUCCUCUAAUCAAGAAAACACCUAUGAUUAAAAAUUGAAGCAAUUUUCAAAGUAUGAUUGCGAUCCAUAUUCGGUGAAUUAUCAUAAUUAAACCUAAGAACAGUAUAUUGAAAAAUAUUAUAAAAUAGAUACAAACCAAGAAAGAGUCGAAUAAGUGAAAGGCAGAAUAGAACUAUACCUUAGAGAUCAUAGCAAGAAAUGGACUUUUUUGACAGAUUAAAAUUUGCCUUUGGAUGUUUAACUAGAAGACAAUGA